CUUUUCCCUCACUUCAUCUCUUCACUCGUUUUUCAACCCGAAUUCAACUUUAAUUUAUCAAAAUCAUAGUGAUUUGCUAUGGAAAAAAUAUUUUUCUUUUUAUUUGUAUCUUCAUUGACAUUGAGGCAAUGCUUGUCGUCCAUCGUUCUUGGUGUUAACCCAAACAGAUUACCGCUUUAUGAUCCAAGUAAAGAUUUCACCUGUCUUGAUGGAUCGAAAACAAUUAAUUUUUCAAAUGUCAACGAUGAUUAUUGCGAUUGUGAAGACAGCUCAGAUGAACCUGGCACAUCUGCUUGUCCAAAUGGUCGAUUUUUUUGUGAAAAUAAUGGCUAUUUAGCUCAACUUUUACCUUCAUCUCGAGUCAAUGAUGGCAUCUGUGAUUGUUGUGAUGGCUCUGACGAGCAUGGAAAUGAAAAAGACUGUCAAAAUAACUGUUUUGAAUUGGGAAGAGAGUAUCGUGAACAAAAAGAAAGAGAAAAACAAAUGUUUAGUCAGGGUGCUGCACUUCGUGAUGAUCUAUCAAAACAAGGGAAAUUAAAGAAAGAGCAGAGAUUGAAUGAACAUGCUGAUUUGAAGGUGAAAGCAGAUGAAAAGAAAGAACUUGUUGAAAAUCUUAAAGUUCAUAAAGAAAAUGUUGAGAAAUUGGAAAAUGAAGCAAAAACAAAACAUGACAAAGAAUGGGAAGAAAAAAUCAACCAAAUAAAGGCCGAGAGGGAUCUGGAACGAGCACAGAAUGCUUUUGCUUCAUUUGAUGUUGAUGAGAGUGGAAGUCUUACAAUUCAAGAAAUACAAGCGUCGAUAAAUCUCGAUAAAAUGUACACUGAAGAGGAGGCACAGGAACUUCUAGGUGGUGCAGUGUCUGUUGAUCGUGAAAGUUUUGUUUCUCAACUAUGGGAGAGCAAAUUCCGUGAUAUUUUCAAUAAAACAAAGCCUUUGGAAACUCCUGAUGAAGGAGAUGUAGGAACUCCCCCACCACCAACAGAGGAACCUCCAGAGCCACCAAGUGAUGGUAAUGUUGAUAAGAAUGAUGAUGAGAAAGAUCUUGAUAGCGUAACUGGUAUGAGUCAAGAUGAAGCAGAUGAUGAUGAUGAUGAUGAUGAUGAUGAAAAUGAAAAAGACGAAGAAGAUGAAGAAGAUAUCAAAGAUGAAGAAGGUGGGACGCCGUCUGCAACAGAUAAAGUUGACGAUGAAGGUCUUCCUAAAAAACCGGAUUACGACGAGGAAACUAAGAAACUUAUAGAAGAUGCAGACAAGGUUCGCCAAGAAUUUGAAGAAACAACUCGUGAGAAGGAUGAUUUGUUAAAAAAACUUGCAGAAAUCGAUCGUUUAAACCAGAUAGACAUGGGAGAACACGAAGAAUUUUCACCAUUGCAUGGACACUGCUUUGAAUUUACUGAUCGAGAAUAUACAUACAAACUCUGUCCUUUUGACAAGGCAUCACAAACAUCAAAGAAUGGCAAUUCCGAAGUUUCACUUGGGACCUGGGGAGAGUGGUCUGGGCAGCCAUACAAAUACUCGGAAAUGAAAUUCACCAAUGGCCUGAGUUGCUGGAACGGGCCAUCUCGUUCUACAACGGUCAAAGUAAGCUGUGGCAUAAAGAAUGAUCUAGUUGGUGUCAGCGAGCCAAGUAAAUGUGAAUACGAGUUUAUUUUUCAUACACCAGCUGCAUGUCACCCGAAUUUUCAUCCACACGACGAGUUCUAAUGGCGUCAGUAAUUUUGAAGCAGAGGUAGUUGAGCUUUUGUUUAGAACUUUUGUAAGUUGAGCGGUAACGUAUCCAUCAUCUUCAUGGGAAUUCACGAAAGUCUAAGCUCAAAAUUUACAUCAAACGCUGUCAUAUUGUUUGAAAUGAAUGAGUUUUCGACCGUGAAACUAAGACUUGUGAGUUUUCUAUAAAUAAUAAUUUUUGGUUGGAGCUCACUUGAA